AGCUGUUUUUCUAAUAGCAGAGUGCAGAGAAAGUGAGAGGAGAGCUAAACGGCCUGAUAGGAGUGGAAGCCGGUGAGUUAAGGCAAACGAAUGAUGGGGUUAAAGUAGGGAACAGAAGAGAAAGAGGAAGAAGAGUUCAUCCUGGUAUGACUGUGAACUAGAAUAUCACAGCUGACGGGGGGAAAGAGAGCAAGCAAGUCUCUUGUCAGACAGAAACGUUCCCAAUAAUGGCAAGUCUUCCAAAAGAGCCGCCCGAGGAUGCCAAGAAACAGAGCUUCUGGAUGCCACGGAAUUAUGUGCGUACAGUGCACCGAACUGAACAGUCCUUUCAGGCGUGCAAUGACAUUGUGGCCUGCUUCAUGGAGAGAGCAAAGGUAGAAAAACAGUACGCCCAGCAGCUCAGCCAGUGGAGCAGCAAGUGGAAGUCCAUAGUGGAUUCUCGGCCACUCUAUGGUUCCCUCAUGAGGGCAUGGCAGUGUUUCUUUACCUCCACUGAGCGCUUGUCCGAUCUCCACUCCUCCAUCUCUCAGUCACUGGUCAAAGAGGAGGGGGACCGGGUGAAGACAUGGCAGAAGGAGACCUUUCCAAAGAAACUCUUCUGUGGGUUCAAAGAAAGCUACGACAACAACACAAGCUUUUCACGUGCGCAGAAACCCUGGUCCAAAAAGCUGAUGAAGCUAGAGAAGGUCCGGGUUGCAUAUCACAAGUCCUGUCAGAGGGAGCAAACAGCUCUUGACAAAGAAAAGCAAGUGAACGAGAACACGGAUAUGAGUCCAGAGAAGAAGCAGAAAUAUGCAGAUGCCAAAGUGAAGGCCACAGAGGAGAAAGAUAAGUGUCGAGACCACUACGAGAAAAUGCUGGAGGAUGUGACGUCCUACACCCCUCGCUACAUGGAGGAGAUGGAAGCCAUUUUUGAGGAGUCACAGGAGGAGGAGAGGAAGAGGAUCAGCUUCCUGAAGCAGGCCUUCCUCUCCAUCCACAGACAUCUUGACAUCACCAACAAUGAGAGUGUGAAGGCAGUGUACAGUGAGCUCCACCACACUCUGAUGUCCAUCAGUGAGCAAGAUGAUGUCAAAUGGUGGAAAAACAAUCACGGCCCUGGCAUGCCAACCGACUGGCCAAAGAUCGAGGAAUGGGUCCCACCAGUAAAAAAGCUAAACAGAAAGAAGAGAGACCAGAAAAGAAAAGAGGGCCGGCCUGUGAUGAUUGGGGGUGUGAAGGUGCGAGCGCUGUACGACUACGUGGGAGAGGAGGGUGAUGAGCUGUCCUUUAAAGCAGGUGAAGUGUUCCUGAAGGUGGAGGAGGAGGAUGACCAGGGUUGGUGUCGAGGAGUCCUGAGUGGAGGGAAAGAGGGCUUCUACCCAGCAAAUUAUGUUGAAGUUGCGACAGAGUGAUGUCACACUGUCAAAUAUAUUAUGUCCUAAACGUAUUUCUCACGAAGAGUUAGUUUUCAAAUCUUUUUAAAAAUAACAAUUAUUAUUAUAUUCUGUGCUGUUACACUGAUUGUUGAGUGAAACAUUUAUCUGUUCACAGCUGUUUUUUGAAAUGUCAACUUUGCUGAGGCCUUAAUAGUCUAACCUUCUCGGGUUUAGUACUUCUGCAAUAUGAAUUAACUUAUCUAAGACCAGAAUGUACUGUGUUUGUGCAGGAGCUGUAUGUGUGAGUGUGAAUGUGUGUUUGCAUGCAUGUGUGAACGUUACGACAAAAGACAAAAAAAUAUAUAUAUAAAAAAGAGGAUAUUUAUUUACUGCCAACAUGUCUGAGUCAAUUAGGUCACUUAAUGAAGGUAGCUGAUAUCGAUACAUGAGGUUAACCCAAGCACAGGUUUACAAUGAUGUGUGCACACAAGGUUAAUGUUUACUUAAGAAGUAUAUGUAGAAACAUACAUAGAAGUUACUUUGACUGAGGGAAUGGAUUUUCAAAAUAAAAGUACAUUAAAUAAA